CCUAAAUAGAACAUUACGUUCAAGCGAAGAAAGGAAAUGAUUACCAUCUCAAGAAGCUCUUGAUUGUUAAACAAGUAAUCACUGUCAGUUUCGUAGGAAACGUGUAGAGAACAGUAUUGAGAAUAUGCAUACUGAUGUUACGUUGAAAAGGGUUAAAUCGUACAACAUGUGGAGUUUACACACACGAAGUUUCCUGGUACCCUUCACACACCCCUUCGUUCCACUGGCGUGCCGUGGUGCGUGUCGGCAACAUACUUCGAUUCAUCAAUUAUUCACAAGAUCAAUGUCCUUUUGUCAGUAAAAUUCCUGGGAGUAGCUCUUUUUUAAGUGAAGCCUCGAACUCAAGUGUGAUAUGUACUGAGCAAGCGUUACAGCGAAUCGAUUGUAGGAUUUCUUCUUGGAGUCUUGUGCUUAUUUAUCGUCAAUGUCGCUCUUAGCCGAUCACAAGUUGUUUUUGGGAGCCGUGGGGAUCGCAUUGACUUCUGCGGUGGCCGGUUUUGGUGUUAGUCGGAUAUUUGAACGUCGAGAUAAAAGCCUCUUUAAAAUCAGCGAUGAGAACAAUCCAGUCGGCAAGUAUGUAACAGAACAUGGAAUCCGCGAACCAUCAGUGCUUACCAGCUUGAGAAAGGUUAGAAUCAAUCGUAAAGCUCAUUCGGUGGGUUUCCUUUAAUUUUCCAGUCUUUUCACUAUUAUUUGCCUAGAAGUUUCUGGUCUUUAAUGUGGAUUCUUCGUCUUGACCAUUGCAUAAUACGAAGAGGCAAACAAUAACGGACCCUAUAAAUUGAUUUCCGACAUGCAAAUUAAUUUUUCGAUGAGGAAAAUACCCUGACUGAAUUUUGAACGGUAUGCUACUCCAUAUAAUCAUGACAUGCUUUCUCGUGGCGCACAUUGGCGUUGUCAGCUACAUACGGUCAUGUUUAUCGUCUUGAUUGAUCUGAUAAGUCAUUACUUUGACAUGAUCGGAGAAUUUGGUGAUCAAGGAGGAAAGGUCGACGUUUUGGUGAGCAGUUUUGCUAAGUAUUUUAUGAGUUGUGACAUAUUUUGAGGAACCCUAGGUGUAAAAAUGCUCAGCGAUACUACACAGCAAUUGGGUGAAGGGCUACCACUCAAAACGUCAGCUUUUAAAACUCCUUAUAGUGAUCAAUUUACUCUUUCAACUCAGUUGAUAACACUGAAUCACCCUGUUUUACUCUCCCACCCACAGCACCACAGUUUCUUUAGAAACUUAACCCCCCCCUCCUCCCAUGGACUUGGUCCAUCACUGGGAAUACAACAGUAAUGUUAGAGUUCAUAGUUAUUCAUGUGCAUUUCAUGUAUGUUAGUAUAUCUAUCUUUGCAGGCAACUGUGAAGCUUCCAUUAGGUGACAUGCUUUGUAGUUCUGAUGAAGCUCAGCUUAUGAGGUUGCUUAUAGAAUUGAUUAAGGCCAAAAAGGUUAUCGAAAUAGGUGAGAUGGACAUUUAAAAAGACAUUUAUUAGUCUACUAAUCUCAUUUUUCUUUUCAUUUGAAUUUUAUGGGAAUAAUGGUAGAUGAUAACACUGUCAAAUAGUGUUGGAUAUCUAAAAGUGGAAUGUGAACUUAAGACUUUCCUUUGCACAUAGCCUUUCUUAAUAUAUAUUCACCAGUAGUCAGUUGACAUAUCCCUUAGAGGUCAGUAGUUUAUAUUGAUAAUGGAAAUGGGUCAACUUUUUCUUUUGUGGGUGAUGCCAAUCAGUUGAUGAAAGGAAAACACUUAAUCCCCAUAAGCUUUGAAUUGGGAUUUGGUGUGAUGGCUUUGGUGGAGGGAAGAAGACUAGGGAUAAAAUUAAUUAUUAUUCAUUAGAUUUACAAUGAAAAAUCUGUUUGAUUGAGAGCCUACAGUCAAUAUAAAACAAUGUGUGAAGUUGACAUGAUUACCCAAAAUCUGCAACAGAUAUAGGUUUAUCAUGUAGAGUUCAUACUCUGCCUAGUUUCCAAGCCCCUAGUGCCUUUAGUGUUCUCAAACAUUUGCAAACUCAGUCAUGGAGGAGUGUCUUCUUUAGCCGAUUGUUAAAAAAAAAUUAUCAUAAAGCUAUUAGCAAAGUUGUUUUUUGCAUGAUAUCAUGUAUUAUCAAACCUUGUGUCUCAGAACUUUGCAUUAAUAAUUCAUGAUAUCAUGCUUAACCUCAUUCAAUAGUUGCCUAUAGUAUGUAAAGAGGUAAGGAUUUGGACCUUGAGAUGAAACAUGGCUUAUUUAACUGCUCUCUUAGCUCCCAGUGAAGAGGCUUAAGUGAGGCUCAGUUAUAAGUUGAAAUGUCUCUUAAGUUUAUACCUAUUAGGUGCAGGUAUUUGGAAACUAAGAACAACCUGGGUGAAGCAAAACUAAUGAGUUGUUAUAACAAAUUCAACUUGUAAUUUAGUUGAAAUCUUUCAUAUUUUCCCUUCUUUCAGGUGCUUUUACUGGUUAUAAUACACUAAGUAUGGCCAUAGCUCUGCCAUCUGAUGGCAAGGUUGUGGCGUGUGAUGUCACAGACAAGUUUAUGAAAGAGGUUGAUUAUGACCGUUACUUCCAAGAAGUAAGCUGAAAAAUGUUUUAUUUCAUCUUACAUGUAUGCUAAGAAAAUGAUUAAUUUAAGACCCAUUUAAGGCAGGUCAGUUUUACAUGUGGACCCUCUUUAUAUAGUAUCAACAGUAUUGGCUGGUGAAAUGAUUAUGUAAGCUAAGAAAAGUUUUGCUACUAAAUUUGUAACAAAAGGUAAUUGUUUUGUGACUACUUUUAGCACUCAUGUAGAAGUGAUUUAUUAGUAACAUCCCUCUAACUCCCAUGAGUGACCAAGACAAAAUUUCUCCCUACAAUAUCAAUACAAUAUCAAUCAGAUAAGUGAUGAGAAUAGUAAAAAAAAUAUCAAUUUAGGGAUAAUAAGUUGAUUCAAUUACUAACUUCUCUGAAAUAACAUUAUAAGAACUGUAUGUUUGACAGUAAGGAGAAGUACAAAUUUGAUCUGGGAGUUAAAGGAUUAAUAAUAUCAAACAAUCCAGACAAGAGAUGUUAAGAAUGAGAAAAUACAAACAAAUUUUCUUUACUUAUUUGUAGGGAAGUUAGUUGAAUAAGAAGGAAGAAGAAUGAAUCCUAUUUUGGGUCAAUUGUUUACAGCUCAGUUCAUUACAUGCAGUGACUUUUUUAUUCUUACUAUUUUUUAUGUAGGCUGGUGUUGAGUCAAAAGUUGAAUUUAAGAUACAGUCUGCCCUCGCUACUCUAGGUAAUAAUAAUCUCCUUUUGUUGAUGUCUGGUGAGUUAUUGAAAAUCAGCUAAUUCCAUUUCCUUGGUCAGAUGCUCUCCCACACUUUACUUUAGAGGUUACUACAUACCAGGUUCACAUGACAAGAAGCUCUGUGUACAGCUAGGAAUAGCAAAAGAAUAUCCUGUGUGGAGAUACAGAGGGACAGAUGGUGAAUACUUGAGCAAAUAAACAUUAAAAACCCUCAGAACAGAUUUAUGCUAUAACAAAAAGAUAUAUCUUAUUGUGUUUUGAAACCUAUACACUCACAUCAAAUGGUAAUAACUCUGACCUGAAAUAAUUGCCUUUUUACAGAUGAACUUAUUGCUGCAGGAGAAGCUGAAAGCUUUGAUCUUGCUUUUAUUGAUGCUGAUAAGACUGAAUAUGACCGGUACUAUGAAAAAUCUUUGCAGCUUCUGCGGCAGGGAGGGCUGAUAGUAGUUGACAAUGUAAGUAUAGGGUCAGUGUAAGGUAUAGGAUGUAUAGAUAGAUCUCUUAAAACCCUGUGGUGAUUAACAUGAAACUUCUCCCAAUAAUAUCCAUACAUUAUUCAGCAAACAGGUAGUGAGAAUGUUCAAACGUAUCAGGUAGAAGCUGAAAAUGACCAAAAAGUGGCUCUCAAGGAGUAGAAGCAGAGAUUAAGUUGCAUAAAAUUUUGCAAAUUAUUUGACACUGUUUUAAUUUUUUAUAUAUUUUUUUUAGGUUUUGUUGAACGGUUCAGUUUGCGACCCUGAGGAAAUAGCUACAAAUCCAAGGACAAGAGCAAUACACAACUUGAACAUGAAACUUCACAAAGACACUCGUGUCACCAUUAGUAUGAUUCCCUUUGCAGAUGGUGUGACAAUAGCAAUGAAGCUCUAA